GCGGCCCGGUUCCCGGCAGGGGCCCGCCGAGCCAGGCCGAGCCCCCGCGGCGCCCAGGCGCGGCCCGGGCCCUCCCGCUCUCCGCCGCCGCCGGGAGCGGCAUUUUUAUUCAGGCGACGCUUAAGGGAGCCCGGCCGCGCCCGGUGCAUUGUGGGAGCGCCGGAGUCCCGUUUUCGGGAGGAGGAGGAGGGCGCAAAGCGAACCGGUGGAUCUGUAAAGAAACCAGGCGGCUAGGAGCGGGAGGGGAGGAGCCCAGCUGUGAGGUGUGUGUGCCCAAGAACCAUGUCUACGCGGGAGUCCUUUAACCCGGAAAGUUAUGAAUUGGACAAGAGCUUCCGGCUAACCAGAUUCACUGAACUCAAGGGCACUGGCUGCAAAGUGCCCCAAGAUGUCCUGCAGAAACUGCUGGAAUCCUUACAAGAGAACCACUUCCAAGAAGAUGAGCAAUUUCUGGGAGCAGUGAUGCCAAGACUUGGCAUUGGAAUGGAUACUUGUGUCAUUCCUUUGAGGCACGGCGGUCUUUCUUUGGUUCAGACCACGGAUUACAUUUAUCCCAUCGUCGAUGACCCUUACAUGAUGGGCAGGAUAGCAUGUGCCAAUGUCCUCAGCGACCUCUACGCGAUGGGGGUCACGGAAUGUGACAAUAUGCUGAUGCUCCUUGGAAUCAGUAAUAAGAUGACGGACAGGGAAAGGGAUAAAGUGAUGCCCCUAAUUAUACAGGGUUUUAAAGACGCAGCCGAGGAGGCAGGGACGUCUGUGACGGGUGGCCAGACGGUGUUAAACCCCUGGAUCGUUUUGGGAGGAGUGGCUACCACCGUCUGCCAGCCCAACGAAUUUAUCAUGCCAGAUAACGCAGUACCGGGGGACGUGCUUGUGCUGACGAAGCCCCUGGGGACGCAGGUGGCCGUGGCCGUGCACCAGUGGCUGGAUAUCCCUGAAAAAUGGAAUAAGAUCAAGCUGGUGGUCACUCAAGAAGAUGUCGAGUUGGCAUACCAGGAGGCAAUGAUGAACAUGGCCAGGCUCAACAGAACAGCUGCAGGUCUCAUGCACACGUUCAAUGCCCACGCUGCCACUGACAUCACGGGCUUUGGAAUUUUGGGCCACGCGCAGAACCUGGCCAAGCAGCAGAGGAAUGAGGUGUCCUUUGUGAUUCACAACCUUCCCGUCCUGGCCAAGAUGGCUGCCGUGAGCAAGGCCUGUGGAAACAUGUUCGGCCUCAUGCAUGGGACCUGCCCGGAGACAUCAGGAGGCCUCCUAAUCUGUUUACCGAGAGAGCAAGCUGCUCGAUUCUGUGCAGAGAUAAAGUCUCCCAAAUAUGGGGAAGGUCACCAAGCAUGGAUUAUUGGGAUCGUAGAGAAGGGCAACCGCACAGCCAGAAUCAUAGACAAGCCCCGGAUCAUCGAAGUCGCACCACAGGUGGCCACUCAGAACGUGAACCCCACCCCGGGGGCCACCUCUUAAUCUAGACCCAACUAGCUAUUUGGUUUUGUUUUUAAAUAGAUCUAUUUCCUUUUUCAUCAUUUCAAUUAAAGACUAUAAACAACAACAAAAAUCUCAUUGUGUCUACACAUCUGGUGACCUUAGGUCGAUUUGUGAGUGGAUGCAAUUAAUAAAAUAAAAUCCAUUGCCUUUUUUUCCUGUUACAUUAACUGAAGAUGCACCUAAUCUUGAGGCAGCUUCUGAGUUGAGAAUUAUAUUGUUAUCCAAUACUGUUGAUUCAUUUUGAAUCUUUAGACACUUAUCUCUUGCCGCAUAGGCUCUUUUUAAAGGUGCUUUCACGUAGCACAGACAUUACCAGUCGUGGGGUCAGAUAGCAGUUGGUGUCUUUUCAUUUUGUGUGUAUUUAUCGUUCCCGGUCUGGUCUUUUUUUUAAAGUGUCUUGAAUGGGAUUCUGGAAAGAUGGAAUUGGUAAGUGACACAAUGGUAGCCCGGUAGUGAGAGGGUCGCGUGAUUCCUUCCAGUCUUUCCUUUGUAAAGCCCGGUGUCCUCAUUCGAGAACAUCUCUUUGACCCAGGACAUUUUCCCAAUAGCGCAUUCAGUUAAACGAGGCAAGUGCUGAACUCUGCAUGGAAAGCACUUUGAAGACAAGAAAGAAAUCUAAUUUCUUUUUUUGUAGCCUUCCUAAUAUUUGCAGUAAUACCAUUAACUGUUUUCUUUUAUCGACAGCAAAAAAGGAUACUUUUUGCGAUGUAACUAGAUGUUCUAUAGUGCAACAAGGAAUUGCCCUCCGAAAGGGGGUUCGUGUAUAAUACUCAUUUACAAUUCAAUAUAUAAGUAACUACACAAAUAAUUUUUAAAUAUAAUCCAUAAUAAAGACUGUUCUGUGGAUGGUAGUGUUUAAUACAUUUUAUAUUUUGUAUAGUGAUUCAGGCCUCUUGUUUUCUUAAAAUCAGCAGUUAUUUAGCCUAAUUCUCAGCAUUAUUUUGUCCUUGGUGCCAGUCCAUUUUUGUGCACGCUUUUUGUGAUCUGUGUUAAAAAUCUGCAUUGCCAACAUCGCAGCUCGAACUUAAACUUGUUAUUCAAAUAAAUAUUUAAUUUUUUUUUUAAUGCUCUUGUAUAAUCAGAUGCCCCCUUUAGUAUUAUUUUAGAAGCAUUGGGAGGGUUUUGGCUAAAAGUACAAUUUAUCGGGGAAAACUAGAUUUUAGUUUUAUAAAACUUUUAAGUCUUUCACGGGACCUAUAUUUUCUUGAAUUAAAUUUUGUAGUUCUAGAACAAAUAGGCGAUCCAAAAAGGUGUUUCUCUGUGUUACUUAAAAACAGAGGCUUCCUUCUGUCUUAACCCACCAAACAGUAAGGAGGGGAUCGCUGUCAUUAAGCACACGAGUGCUCCGGUGGCUCAAGUGUCUGCCUAAGAGAAUAAAGCACCCCCGUCCCUGCGAGUUUCUGAAUGCCUCCUGCUUGCAGGCACCAAAGCCGUGAGAACAGACCCUCCUCUUGCCAAAGGAAACCAGCCCUCGGGAGAGGACGCCCCCGGAAGAGGCCUCACCGCGGAUGCGCCCUCCACCAGGAGCCAGAGGGCCGCUGCUGCGCGGGCGUGACUGGAACUCAAGCCAUACGUGCGGGUGUGCGGGACCCCAGGGGCCGCUCCGGAACUGACAUUGAUGGGACGUUUUGUAGGCAUUUAUACAGAUGUUGGUCCCCAAAAGCUACAAACUAGUGGUCUGCAAAAUAAAAUGUGUUGGAAACCUCUGAGUAAGGUGAA